AUGGCAGAACUCAAAGGAGGUGGCCCACAGCGGCUGUCCAUUCUUGGGGAACCAAAUAUCAUCGUUGACCACGGCCUGUGGCUCAAAUUUGUUCCGCAAGACCUGAUUGACAACAUCAAAUCGUCGACUUAUGUUCUUAUCACCGAUACGAACCUGUCCAAUGUCUAUGUCCCUGCCUUCAAGAAGGCUUUUGAAACUGCCGCAGCCGACAAACCCAUCCGUUUGCUCACCUACGCCGUUCCUCCGGGCGAAGCCUCCAAGACCCGGGAGACAAAGGGAGAAUUGGAAGACUGGAUGCUCUCGCAACAAUGCACGAGGGACACAGUCAUCAUUGCCCUGGGAGGCGGUGUCAUUGGUGACAUGAUUGGCUACGUUGCUGCGACUUUCAUGCGUGGCGUACGCUUCGUUCAGGUGCCCACGACACUUCUGGCCAUGGUAGACUCGUCCAUCGGAGGAAAGACGGCAAUUGACACGCCGAUGGGAAAGAACCUCAUCGGCGCCUUUUGGCAGCCUCGCCGAAUAUACAUCGACCUCGAAUUUCUCGAGACGCUACCUGUGCGCGAGUUCAUAAACGGAAUGGCCGAGGUUAUCAAGACCGCCGCCAUUUGGGACGAGGCUGAAUUCACCACCCUGGAGCAGUCGGCGCCGAAGAUUUUGGCUGCUGUUCGCUCAAAGGGGACUGGGAGGCUGAAGCCUAUUGCUGAUAUUCUCAAGCACAUCGUCACAGGCUCGGCAAAAGUCAAAGCCGAGGUUGUGUCAAGCGAUGAGCGUGAAGGCGGACUGCGCAACCUGCUCAAUUUUGGUCACUCCAUAGGGCAUGCUAUCGAGGCUAUUCUGACCCCCCAGCUUCUUCACGGAGAAGCUGUCGCUAUUGGAAUGGUCAAGGAGGCUGAAUUGGCGAGAUUCCUUGGCAUUCUCCGCCCAGGCGCUGUCUCUCGACUGACCGAGUGCAUUGCCAGCUAUGACCUCCCGACUUCGCUCCAGGACAAGCGGGUGAUCAAAUUGACCGCUGGAAAGGAAUGCCCCGUAGAUGUUUUGCUUGAGAAGAUGGGCGUUGACAAGAAGAAUGAUGGAAAGCUGAAGAAGGUGGUGCUUCUGUCUGCCAUUGGUAAGACUCACGAGGCCAAGGCUAGUGUCGUGGAGGACCGCUGCAUUAGAGCCAUCCUUUCCUCUUGCAUGCGCGUGACCCCUGGUAUUCCUCAGGGUCUUGAUGUCACUGUCACGCCUCCUGGCUCCAAGAGCAUCUCCAACCGUGCUCUCAUCCUGGCAGCUCUUGGUUCUGGAAAGUGCCGCGUCAAGAACCUACUCCACUCGGAUGAUACCGAAUACAUGCUUUCAGCCAUUGCUCAACUGCGUGGUGCCUCUUACUCCUGGGAGGAUGCUGGCGAGGUUCUAGUUGUUGAAGGCAAGGGGGGGAAGCUGCAGGCCAGCGCGGAUGAGCUGUACAUUGGCAACGCUGGUACUGCCUCGCGAUUUCUGACCACCGUUGUGGCCCUAUGCUCGCCCACCGAAUCUGCCGCCUCUUCGAUCCUCACCGGUAAUGCCCGAAUGAAGUUACGUCCUAUUGGCGCUCUCGUUGACGCUCUGAGGAGCAACGGCGUCUCCAUCGACUAUCUUGGCCAGGCUAACAGUCUCCCGCUACGCAUCAACGCGGCCGGGGGCUUCGAGGGAGGAACAAUUGAGCUGGCGGCAACCGUCUCUUCCCAGUAUGUGUCGUCCAUUCUCAUGGCGGCUCCCUACGCCAAGCACCCCGUCACCCUUCGACUUGUCGGCGGAAAGCCCAUCUCCAAACUCUACAUUGACAUGACGAUUUCCAUGAUGGCAUCUUUUGGUAUCAAUGUCACCGAGUCGACCACGGAAACCAACACCUACCACAUCCCCCAAGGCUCCUACACAAACCCAGCCGAGUACAUUAUCGAGAGCGACGCAAGCUCAGCCACCUACCCGCUCGCUAUUGCCGCCAUCACUGGCACUACGUGCACGGUGCCAAACAUUGGCUCCAAGUCGCUCCAGGGAGAUGCCCGAUUUGCAGUUGAUAUUCUUCGACCCAUGGGCUGCUCCGUGGAACAGACCGAUUAUUCGACUACCGUCAAGGGACCGGAGCGUGGGAAUCUGCAGGGCAUUCCUCAUGUCGAUAUGGAGCCUAUGACGGAUGCCUUCCUCACAGCCUCGGUUCUGGGAGCUGUAGCAUCGGGUAAGACUCAGAUCACAGGCAUUGCGAACCAGCGUGUCAAGGAGUGCAACCGAAUUUUCGCCAUGAGGGAGCAGCUCGCAAAGUUCGGAGUUCAGUGCAACGAAUUGGAAGACGGCAUUGAGAUUAUUGGACGCCAGAUAGACUCUCUGGAAGCGCCCAAGGACUACAUUCACUGUUACGACGACCACCGUGUGGCCAUGAGCUUCAGUGUCCUAGCAGCUGGGUGCCCCAGAAACACCGUCAUUAGCGAACGUGACUGUGUCAAGAAGACAUGGCCUGGCUGGUGGGAUGUUCUUUCCCAAUCCUUCAGUGUGGUUCUCGAUGGCGUUGACCCGCUCGUUGACCACGGCUUCUCUAAGGUCCCCAAGUCCACGGACGGACGCUCCAUUUACAUUAUCGGCAUGAGGGGUGCUGGCAAGACGACAGCGGGGCGACACAUGGCCAAGCUUCUCCAGUGGAAAUUCACUGACCUAGACCACGAACUAGAAAGCCGGGGCAACACGACUAUACCCGACAUCAUCAGGGGGCCCCGUGGCUGGGCCGGAUUCCGAGAAGAUGAAAUGGCAAUUCUGAAGGAUGUCAUGAAAAAUCAGACUCACAACCACGUGUUCUCCUGCGGAGGUGGUGUUGUCGAGAACCCCGAAGCUAGAGAUCUAUUCAAGGACCACAUAAAGAGGGGCGGCCAUGUCAUCUUGGUUCACCGAGACACGGACCGCGUAGUCAAUUACCUGAUGAAGGACCAGACUCGCCCCGCUUACACCAGUGAGAUCCGGGGCGUCUAUCUCCGCCGCAAGCCAUUCUACGACGAGUGUAGUAACUUGUUGUACUACAGUCCGCACCAGAGUAGUGUUGGCUCUUCUGCCGAUGUGCCAAGUGACUUCCAGCAAUUUGUCAGUUUGGUGAGCGGCAGAAGCCAACAUUUCAAGUCGGUGGCUCAGAAGAAGCACAGUUUCUUUGUCUCUUUGACGUUACCAAGGCUGAACGAUGCUCUAGACGUUAUUCCGCGUGUCGUCGUUGGAUCUGAUGCUGUGGAGCUUCGUGUUGACCUUUUGGAAGACCAAAGCCCUGACGCCCUUAUCGAGACCGUGUCCAUCCUGAGGAACAUCACCCAGAAGCCAAUCAUCUUCACGGUUCGCACCUCUUCUCAGGGUGGCAAAUUUUCCGACGACGCAAACAAGGAACGGCUUGCGCUGUACCUCCUGGGUCUGAAACUCGGAGUUGAGUACCUUGACGUUGAAGCUACGUCUUCUGAGGAAAUGAUCCAGGCCGUCACGGAAUCGCGCGGUCACACCAAGAUCAUUGCCUCCCACCACGACCCGCUAGGUAAACUAUCGUGGAAGAAUGCCUCAUGGGUUUUCUUCUACAACCGUGCCCUGCAGUUCGGCGAUGUGAUCAAGCUCGUGGGCGUAGCUCAGACGGUCGAGGACAACUUCGACUUGGCAAAGUUCAAGGCGAGGAUGCUCUCAGCACGCGACACUCCCAUAAUCGCCCUCAACAUGGGCACCGCUGGAAAGCUGAGUCGGAUCUUGAACGGCUUUCUAACACCGGUGUCCCACCCGGAGCUCCCGUUCAAGGCGGCACCUGGCCAAUUGUCGGUUGCCGAUAUCAACCAGGGACUGGCGCUGAUAGGAGAAAUUGAGGAGAAGAAAUUUUAUUUGUUUGGCAACCCCAUUUCAGUAUCCCGAUCCCCAGCUCUCCACAACACCCUGUUCAGGCAGACAGGCCUCCCUCACCAGUACCACCUUUGUGAGACAGACAAUGCCCAAGAGGUGCGAGAGGUGAUCCGCCGCGCCGACUUUGGCGGAGCCUCUGUGACUAUCCCCUUGAAGAGGGACGUCAUGGACCACGUCGACGUCCUCACCGAGGCAGCACGCACUAUUGGCGCCGUGAACACCAUCAUUUCUGAGCAGGACGAGUCUAGCGAAAGUGGCAAGCGUCUUGUCGGCGACAACACCGAUUGGAAGGGCAUGGUGCACGUGCUACAGAGGGCAGGUGUUGUGAAGCGAGAUGAGGGGGGCGGCCCUGCCAUGGUGGUUGGGUCCGGAGGCACGACGCGGGCUGCUAUCUUCGCGCUGCAUUCCAUGGGCUUCAGCCCCGUGCAGAUUGUCGCCCGUGACCCCGUCAAGGCCAAGGCACUUGUGGGCGACUUCCCCGAGAGCUACAAUCUCGAGAUUCUCAGCACGACAGACGAGGCCCAGGCCUUAUCUACCAGCCCGGCCGUCAUGGUCAGCACGAUUCCUGCAGACAAACCUAUAGACCCUGGGAUGCGUGAGAUCCUGGCCAUUUCCCUGAGCAAACCAGCCGGCGAGGGCCACCCGCACAUCCUCCUUGAGAUGGCGUACAAGCCACCCAAGACGCCUGCAAUGCAGAUGGCCGAAGACACUGCCAGAUGGACUACGAUUCCGGGACUGGAGGUCCUAGCUUCGCAGGGAUGGUACCAGUUCGCCGAGUGGACCGGCAUCGUGCCCAUGUACACUGAUGCACGCGACGCUGUCCUCGGCCGCCAACCUGGUAGUGAGAUCUCCUAG